AUGUCUGCAGGCCUUGACGAUUACGAUAUAAGUCGGAUAGCAUCACAUACGCAUGGCUAUUCGAAUUCGGAUCUCGUUGCGUUAUGUAAAGAAGCUGCGAUGGUUCCAGUAAGGAGCAUUGAUCGAAAAAAAUUGGUCACGUGUGAUGAGACGAAGUUGAGAAAGCUUAGGUAUUCGGACUUCGAGCAAGCUUUAUCAGUAAUCAAGCCGUCAUCGAAUAUCCGCACCCUUAAUGCCUUAACGGACUUCGCACGACGUGCCGGACAGGGAGGGUGA